CUCUUAUCGUCAUAUGACUAAGCAAAUUACAAUUAAGGCACGCGAAGUGCGGCCACCACAUUGACCAAGCAACACGUGGAGGGAAGGCAGAUAUGGCCUCCUUCUAUAACGGUCUGAAUAACUGCCACGUUGACCCGAAAGGCGCCACGUUGAGAAACCAGUCCGAAGCCCAAACAUCUCUCCGAUUUUUCACAACAGAAGGAGAAGCAAACGUUUUGCAGUCAGUGGCGCAUAUAUACAAACACCUCAUACUCAUAGGCUUAUAAUAAGACGUUCGAAUAUCUCAUGGUCCCAUACAUCCGUGCUUGUUAAUUUUCUCAAAUCUCAACUGGGUUUUUCACAUUCUCUGUAACCCAAAAAAUAUUGAGUUGUAAAAAUGGGGAAGAGAGGAGUGUUUUUGUUUUUGUUGUUGGCGUUGUGGCUGGCUAUGUCUGCAGGGACUUGGGGCCAGGACGCCAAGGAGACGCUGAACUUGGCUGCUGGAACAGCCCAGCACAAAACGCACGAGACCUUCAAAGCUGCCAAGGAAAACACCAACUCGUGGGUUGAUCGUACCUUCGGCAAAAUCGCAGAGGGGUUAGGAUUCGGCCAGGAAAAUGCAAAAGAGAAGGCUAAGAAUAUGGGGGACAAAGCUGGGGAUGCAGCCUCUGUGGCUACAGAAAGAUUAAGAACGAGCACAUUUGGAUCUUGUAAUUAUUUAUUACUACCUUAUUCUUUCACAGAUGAAGUAAUUAAUAAGUCAAUUAGUUCUUCAAACAAGUAUUUGAUUUCAUGCUUCUGGGUUUUACUUUAUGUAUUCUCAACAUAUGCUUCUCUGAUUUCCCAAAUGGCAGCGGACACCGAUUCUGUUCAUGACAACUUUGAUCCCUCUAUAAGGAUGCCCACUGAUACAGUUGACAAUGCCAAAGAGACCGUGACAAGGGCAAUGGGUUCUGGAAUGGAUAGAGCAGCAAAUGCCUACGAUGAAGCAAAGAAUACAAUGAAUAGGGCUACAGGCGCGGCUUCUGAUAAGGCUUAUGAUGCAAUGGAAUAUGGAAAAGACAGAACUGCUAAUGCCUAUGAUGGAGCCAAGGAGGGAGUGAACAUGGCAUCCAAUAAGGCCUACGACGCCAAAGAGACGGUGAGAGGGGCCAUGGGUUCUGGAAUGGACAGAGCAGCCAAUGCUUAUGAUGGAGCAAAGAAUGCAAUGAAUAGGGCUAUGGGUUCGGCCUCUGAUAAGGCUCAUGACGCAAUGGAAUAUGGAAAAGAAAGAAGUACCAAUGCCUAUGAUGGAGCCAAGGAGGGAGUGAACAUGGCCUCCGAUAAGGCUUAUGACGCAAUGGAAUAUGGAAAAGAAAGAACUGCCAAUACCUAUGAUGGAGCCAAGGAGGGAGUGAACAUGGCCUCUGAUAAGGCUUACGAUGCCAAAGAGGCAGCCAGAGGGGCAAUUGGUUCUGGAAAGGACAGAGCGGCGAAUACCUAUGAUGAAGCGAAGAAUACAAUGAAUAGGGCUACGGGUUCGGCUUCUGAUAAGGCAUAUGAUGCAAUGGAAUAUGGAAAAGAAACAACUGCCAAUGCCUAUGAUGGAGCCAAGGAGGGAGUGAACAUGGCAUCCAAUAAGGCCUACGACGCCAAAGAGACGGUGAGAGGGGCCAUGGGUUCUGGAAUGGACAGAGCCGCCAAUGCCUAUGAUGGAGCAAAGAAUACAAUGAAUAGGGCUAUGGGUUCCGCUUCUGAUAACACUCAUCACGCAAUGGAAUACGGAAAGGAAAGAACUGCCAAUGCCUAUGAUGGAGCCAAGGAGAGAAUGAACAUGGCCUCAGAUAAGGCCUACGAUGCCAAAGAGGCAGCCAGAGGGGCAAUUGGUUCGGCUUCUGAUAAGGCUUCUGAUGCAAUGGAAUAUGGAAAAGAAAGAACUGCCAAUGCCUAUGAUGGAGCCAAGGAGAGAAUGAACAUGGCCUCCAAUAAGGCCUACGAUGCCAAAAAAAUGGUAGCGGGAGGAAUUGAUUCUGGGACGGAAAGAGCAGCCAAUUCAUACGAUGAAGCAAAACAAAAUGUUGGGGAGUCAUACAAGUCAGCUAAGGACUGCAUGACUGGACAUGCCAAGCAUAACUAUGAGGCUGCAAAGGAGAGUGCCUCGCAGGCUGCAGGAGAUCUCGGCGCUACCAUGAGGAAUGCUGGUUCAGAGAUAUAAGGAGGCCGAUUGCAUGCUUGCUACAUGAAGCCAUGUUUGAUGAGUUUAUGUUUCUUUUGAGUAGCUAGGAAUCUCUGUAAGUUCUAUGAUCAAUUUUGCUAUGUGUUUCUUGUUUUCUCUUACUUUGCCCUUACAGUUUUGUUUCUUUAUAUCAAUGUUGCUAUGUUUCUUGUUGUGUCAAGAAUUGCUUGAAUUAAGCUAGUCUUGUGUCAUUUCAUUUCUAGUAAAUCUAUGGCCCAAGCCAAUGCCUCUGAUUUUGAUGCAUGUGCUAGCUACUCUUGUUUGUCUUCAUCAUUAAUAUUCUGCAUAUGGCCUGCUCAGAGGUUUGACCAAGCCGUGUCCCCUUUCUAGCCUUCUAGCCUUCUAGCCUUCUAGCCUUC